GCUGAUUCUAAGAGGAAUCGUGCAAGCCUAGCCAGCACCUCUAGUACCGCGAUUUCAGACGGUCUUUUGGCCGGUUUUGGGGGAAUUUUAGGGCGGUAAGGGUAUUCGCAUGGCUCAUUUGGUCACUCGAGUCGUUUCGCACAAAUUCCAGGUGUGCAGCCUGUACAAAAGGGCCCUAAGAAACCUGGAAGCAUGGUGUGUCGAAAGAGACGACUACAGGAUCCAGGCGGUCGAGCUACGGGAGAGGUUCGAGAACUACCGCCACAUCAAGGAUAUGCGGAUCGCCAAGGAGCUGCUGGACCAAGGCGAAGAGGAGCUGUUCGAGAAAGCGCACCCUCAACUCUAUCACCCUCCACAUGGGCCGGGAGGUGUGGCUUACGGCAGAAAUGUCGCGUCCCCUGACUGGGUGCUGGACUACUGGCAUCCCCUGGAGAAGGCACAGUACCCCGAGUACUUUGCCCGGCGAGAGGAGCGCAAGAAGGAGUACAUAGCAAACUGGGAGAAGAAAUACGGGAAGCCCCAGCCCGAGCACCAGCACCACUAAAGGCAUCGGGGUCCCUCUAUAGUUUCCGUACGGACGUACAAAUAAAGAUGACUAGUUGGCA